UCGCUCCUAGAACUUCAGCGUGACAGCAGAAAACUGCGUACAGUAUGCGCUUGCGUAAGCGUAACGUGCAUUUCUGUUUACAGAAACUGUGAUUUAGUUACAAAAUCGGUGUCAGUUAACGUGGAGAAUAAUGGAACCAGUUAUAAAGUUGAAUCCCGGAGCGACAAAGUGGGACAUCCGACAAAAAGUCUGGGAUUAUAUUGAAGCUAACAAUUUAGCCCACUUUCCAAGACCAGUUCAUAACCGAAUCCCAAACUUCAAGGGGGCUCACUGCGCCUGCGCCGCCGUCGCCGACCUCGAGUCGUUCCACCGAACGAGCGAGGUGAAGGUGGACCCCGAUAAACCGCUAGAAGGCGCUCGUCUAGCGGUCCUUCAGGCAAGAAAAACAUUACUAGUUCCAACCCCCCGUCUGCGUGCUGGACUGUUCAACCGGAUUGUCCCUCCCCAGGGAGCAAGCAAGGAGGACCUUCAUGUGUGUUCCACUUCUCAGGGGGUGAAGGACUUCAGCGUGCCGGUCGGCCUGGAAGCGAAAGUGAGGGUUGACUUGGUCGUGGUUGGGUCGGUGGCUGUGUCUGAGAAAGGCUAUCGGAUUGGAAAAGGAGAAGGCUAUGCUGAUAUGGAAUACGCCAUGAUGGUGUCCAUGGAAGCCAUUAGCAGUGCUACUGUGGUCGUCACUGUUGUUCAUGACUGUCAGGUGGUUGAUAUUCCAGAAGAACUCAUAGAAAAGCACGACCUCACAGUGGAUUAUAUCCUGACCCCGACCAGAGUUAUCCAGACAGAGUGCAAAUGGCCCAAACCUCAGGGCAUAAUCUGGACCAAGCUGAACGCUGACAUGUUAGAGAGGAUCCCCGUCCUUCAGAAGCUGCGUGCCCUGGAGCAGAAGUCUGGGAAAGAUGUGUCACUGGGGAGGGCCGAUUUGCGGGGGGAGGUGGUGCGGCCAGGAGGAGGGCGUACCGACGCCGGCGUGGACGACAGAGCCGUCAACACGCUGCACCUAGGUGGUGUCCCUGCUGGGCUACGUGUCAGUGAGCUGAAACGCAGUCUGCAGGAACGGGGUGCCCUACCACAGAGGCUCAUCUGGCAGGGAGCUAACGGCAGGGCUUUUCUGGACUAUGGUGACCACGAGAAGGCCCAGGCCGCACUAACCGCCCUACAGGCACUGUCCAUCAAUGGUCACAACAUGCAAGUGGCAUUCGCUAGGGGUCAGAGAAGCAGGAGAAGACCUGGGGUGCCACAGAGGACUGGGAAGGUGACCGAAAGCCAGACUCCCAACUGGUCACUAAAACGCUCAUGAACAGCCAUUCAGUGGGGGCUACAGAUGGCUGCUGAUGCAGCUUGGGCAGAGCUUGGGUGGAGCUUGGGCGGCGUCCUCCUUUAGGAUGACUGGUAGGGAGAUAUUUAAAGAACGAUGGAGAAGGUGUUUAAUCAGAUGGUAUUAAUUUAAAGCCUGGUUUAUUGUUGUGGUUCUUCAUACACAAUCAUGCUGGCAGACUGCCAUCUUCUCAGCUGUUAUCUGAAUUUUGACAGUGCUCAUAUACAUCUGCUUUCCGAAAAAAUAGCCCGUGGAACAGCUUAGCCUGGCAAUCUCUGAGAAAAGCAGUGCUAUGAAGUUAUCUCACACAUUACACAGUGUGCCUAGUGUAUUGUCACAGGUAGGGGAGUAAUGACGAGCACAGCCGGCAUGAGCAGGGCAUGUAAUUUGAAUUAGCACCCAACUGCAUAGAAGGGUACAAUUUGUAUGUCUCUUGUCAAGAUUUCAGUUAAGCAAAUAAAUCUGUGGUUUGGUUGAACUUC